GGACUAUCACUCAGAUUUGCUUUCAACAGCCAUGAUGAUGAUGAGGAAACUAUCAUGCCUGGCAAUUUUGCUGUUUUGUGGGGUCUGUGCUGCUGAGGGAGAGCAGAAGCAGCUGACUUGGCUCCAAGAGAACAUCUACAGCAAUAUGGGCAUCUGCUGGAUCAUGGGCAACCCCCACUACCGCACCUUUGACAACCACUAUUACAGCUUCAUGGGUAACUGCACCUAUGUCAUGGCUUCCAGUAAAUGCAGUGACAGCGGUAACACUCCUUUCUUUGAAGUGGAGGUCAAAAAUGAAAACAGCCCAAAGUCAGAGAUCCCUGAUGUAGAAAUGGUUGUUGUCAAAGUCUAUGACUACACCUUCACUAUUUACCGGACAGAAUAUGGAAUAGUGAGAUUCAACAAUAACCUGUGGAACCUCCCAAUGUACCUUGAUGAUAGAGUGGCCGUGCUUCCCAGUGGCAUGUCUGUCCUGCUGAAGACCGACUUCGGCCUAUCGGUGCAGUAUGACUGGCAGCAGUACCUGGUGGUCAUGGUGCCCGAUAGCUUCAAAGGCAUGACCUGUGGCCUCUGUGGAAACUUCAACGACAAAGAUAGCGAUGACAUGCUUCUGCCCAAUGGCAGCCCCGCAGGCAGCACUGCGGCACUGGGCAAGGGCUGGAGAGUGCCAGGAGUGGUCGACGAUGCCACCUGUCGGGAUGAGUGUGACAACCAGUGCGAGAAGUGCGAGCACGGCUCCUUCCUCGAGCACGUGACUGGGAAGGUCUUCUGCAGUCUCAUGACACAGGUGAUGAACGGGCCACUGAGUGGGUGCAGUGCCGUCAUCCCAAGGAACGUCUACAACGACUACUGCCAGUAUGAUGUGUGCAUGGGAAAGAGCAUGAAGAAAUUCCUCUGUGACACCCUGCAUGUGUACACUGAUGCCUGCCAAAGAGCUGGAGUCAAGGUCCUCAACUGGAGAGGAUUGGUUGGUUGCCAUGAUCCCCAAUGCCCUAAGAACAGCCACUAUGAGCAUUGUGGCAGUGCCUGCCCAGCCACAUGUGACAACCCAAGGGCUCCAUCAGAGUGUGGUGGGCGAUGUGUUGAGGGUUGUAUGUGCGAUGACGGCUUUGUGCUCAGGGGCAACGAAUGUAUCCCCCAGUCCCAUUGUGGAUGCCUCUAUGAAAAGACAGGAAGUUAUGUGAAACCUGGAAAGUCCUUCUGGACAGACAACUGCCAGAAAUUCUGUACCUGUGAGCCCAGUAAUGGUCAAUUGGUUUGCCAAUCAGAGGGGUGUUCAGACGGACAACAGUGCAAAGUGGUGAAGGGAAUCAUAGGCUGCUAUGCCUCAUCUAACGGCAUUUGCACCAUCUCAGGAGACCCCCAUUAUAAAACAUUCGACAACCACCUCUACUCUUUCCAAGGCAAUUGCACAUACACUGCUGCCAAGGCCACCCACAUUGAGGGCACACACCUCCAUCCCUUUACAGUGGUGGUAGAGAAUGAGAAGUGGCAGAAUACAGAGCUUACUGCUGCCAAAGCUGUUGCUGUGGAGGUUUAUGGGCAAACAUUGGUACUGAGGAAAAACCAAAUUGGAGUAGUCAUGGUGGAUGGUGUUCUUAUGAAUUUGCCAGUGAAUCUAAAUAAUGGCCAAGUGGAAGUUUAUCAAGAUGGCAGCUAUGAUGUCAUCAAAACCGAUUUUGGCCUGAUAGUGACAUACGACCUGGUAUACCGCGUCACUGUAACUGUUCCUGGCUCAUAUCAUGGUAAGACCAGUGGCCUGUGUGGCAACUUCAACGGUAACAAGAAUGACGAGUACAUGCUGCCUGACGGCAAGGAGACAAAAAGCAUCAAAGAGUUUGGUGCAGCCUGGAAGGAAUCUGUGCAAGGUGUGGUGUGUGAUGAUGGCUGCACCGGUGAUUUCUGCCCCAAGUGUGCUGAGGAUAAGAAACGCAUCUUUGAGGCUGACUGCAGCAUCAUCAAAAACGCCAAUGGCCCCUUUGCUGCCUGUCUCAGCGUCAUCGAUCCAGAGUCAUACUUCAGGGACUGUGUCUAUGAUGUCUGCAUGGGCAAUGGAGACCGCAACAUGCUCUGCCACAGCAUUGCUGCAUAUGUGUCUGACUGCCAGGACUUUGGUGUUGCCAUAAAGGACUGGAGAACCCCAACCUUCUGUCCCCUGUCCUGCCCUGCCAACAGUCACUACCAGAUCUGUGCCGAGACCUGCAACUCACCCUGUCCUGGCCUCGCAAAUAUUGUCAGCUGCCCCAAAACCUGUGCAGAGGGCUGUGCCUGUGACUCUGAGUACUCUUUCAAUGGGGUCAACUGUGUUAAAUCAGAUGAGUGCAGCUGCUACUAUGAUGGACACACAUACAAGAUUGGUGAGACUGCUAUCAGCGACGACUGCACUGAGCGCAUUACCUGCCAGUCUGCUGGUGUUGUGAAGCGAGAAAGCAUCCACUGCAAGAGCGACGAAAUCUGCAAAGUGAAGAAUGGUGUCCGUGGUUGCUUUAACCCCAGCUGCGUCUAUAAUGGACACACAUACAAGAGUGGUGAGUCUGUGGUCAACGAGGACUGUACUGAGCGCAUUACCUGUCAGGCCUCUGGUAUACAGCACGAACGCAUCCACUGCAAGAGUGGCGAAAUCUGCAUGAUCAAAUACGGUGCCCGUGGUUGCUUUUCCCCCAUCAGCUGCGUCUAUAAUGGACACACAUAUAAGAGUGGUGAGUCUGUGGUCAACGAGGACUGUACCGAGCGCAUUACCUGUCAGUCAUCUGGCAUUGUGCAGCACGAACGCAUCCACUGCAAUAGCGACGAAGUCUGCAAGGUGAAGGAAGGUGUCCGCGGUUGCUUUACCCCCACCAGCUGCGUCUAUAAUGGACGCACAUACAAGAGUGGUGAGUCUGUGGUCAACGAGGACUGUACCGAGCGCAUUACCUGUCAGUCAUCUGGCAUUGUGCAGCACGAACGCAUCCACUGCAAUAGCGACGAAGUCUGCAAGGUGAAGGACGGUGUCCGCGGUUGCUUUACCCCCACCAGCUGCGUCUAUAAUGGACGCACAUAUAAGAGUGGUGAGUCUGUGGUCAACGAGGACUGUACCGAGCGCAUUACCUGUCAGUCAUCUGGCAUUGUGCAGCACGAACGCAUCCACUGCAAUAGCGACGAAGUCUGCAAGGUGAAGGACGGUGUCCGCGGUUGCUUUACCCCCACCAGCUGCGUCUAUAAUGGACGCACAUACAAGAGUGGUGAGUCUGUGGUCAACGAGGACUGUACCGAGCGCAUUACCUGUCAGCCAUCUGGCAUUUUGCAGCACAAACCCAUCCACUGCAAGAGUGACGAAAUCUGCAUGAUCAAAUACGGUGUCCGCGGUUGCUUUUUGCUCCCCAUCUGCAUCUAUAAUGGACGCACAUACACUGUUGGUGAGUCUGUGGUCAAUGAGGACUGUACCGAGCGCAUUACCUGUCUGCCAUCUGGCAUUGUUCAGCACGAACCCAUCUACUGCAAUAGCGAUGAAGUCUGCAAGGUGAUGAAUGGUGUCCGCGGUUGCUUUAGCCCCACCCAGUGCUACUAUAAUGGACGCACAUACAAGAUGGGUGAGUCUGUGAUCAAAGAGGACUGUACCGAGCGCAUUACCUGUCAGUCCUCUGGAAUUGUGCAGCGCGAACCCAUCCACUGCAAUAGCGACGAAGUCUGCAAGGUGAAUGACGGUGUCCGCGGUUGCUUUAGCCCCAACAGCUGCUACUAUGAUGGACACAGAUAUAAGAUGGGUGAGUCUGUGGUAAACGAGGACUGUACCGAGCGCAUUACCUGUCAGUCCUCUGGAAUUGUGCAGCACAAACCCAUCCACUGCAAUAGCGACGAAGUCUGCAAGGUGAAUGACGGUGUCCGCGGUUGCUUUAGCCCCAACAGCUGCUACUAUGAUGGACACAGAUAUAAGAUUGGUGAGUCUGUGGUCAACAAGGACUGUACCGAGCGCAUUACCUGUCAACCAUCCGGCAUUUUGCAGCCCGAAACCAUGCACUGCAAGAAUGACGAAAUUUGCAUGAUCAAAUAUGGUGUCCGUGGUUGCUUUUCCCUCCCCAUCUGCGUCUAUAAUGGACACGCAUACAAGAUUGGUGAGUCUGUGGUCAACGAGGACUGUACCGAGCGCAUUACCUGUCAGCCAUCUGGCAUUGUGCAGCACGAACCCAUCUACUGCAAUAGCGACGAAGUCUGCAAGGUGAAGGACGGUGUCCGCGGUUGCUUUAGCCCCACCAGUUGCGUCUAUGAUGGACGCACAUACAAGAGUGGUGAGUCUGUGGUCAACGAGGACUGUACCGAGCGCAUUACCUGUCAGCCAUCUGGCAUUAUGCAGCACGAACGCAUCCACUGCAAUAGCGACGAAGUCUGCACGAUCAAAUACGGUGUCCGUGAUUGUUUUUCCCUCCCCAGCUGCCACUAUGAUGGACACACAUACAAGAUUGGUGAGUCUGUGGUAAACGAGGACUGUACCGAGCGCAUUACCUGUCAGUCAUCUGGCAUUUUGCAGCACGAACCCAUCUACUGCAAUAGCGACGAAGUCUGCAAGGUGAAGGACGGUGUCCGCGGUUGUUUUACCCCCACCAGUUGCGUCUAUGAUGGACGCACAUACAAGAUUGGUGAGUCUGUGGUAAACGAGGACUGUACCGAGCGCAUUACCUGUCAGUCAUCUGGCAUUGUGCAGCACGAACCCAUCUACUGCAAUAGCGACGAAGUCUGCAAGGUGAAGGACGGUGUCCGCGGUUGUUUUACCCCCACCAGUUGCGUCUAUGAUGGACGCACAUACAAGAUUGGUGAGUCUGUGGUAAACGAGGACUGUACCGAGCGCAUUACCUGUCAGCCAUCUGGCAUUGUGCAGCACGAACCUAUCUACUGCAAUAGCGACGAAGUCUGCAAGGUGAAGGACGGUGUCCGCGGUUGUUUUACCCCCACCAGUUGCGUCUAUAAUGGACGCACAUACAAGAUUGGUGAGUCUGUGGUAAACGAGGACUGUACCGAGCGCAUUACCUGUCAGUCAUCUGGCAUUGUGCAGCACGAACCCAUCUACUGCAAUAGCGAUGAAGUCUGCAAGGUGAAGGACGGUGUCCGCGGUUGUUUUACCCCCACCAGUUGCGUCUAUGAUGGACGCACAUACAAGAUUGGUGAGUCUGUGGUAAACGAGGACUGUACCGAGCGCAUUACCUGUCAGCCAUCUGGCAGUGUGCAGCACGAACGCAUCCACUGCAAUAGCGACGAAGUCUGCACGAUCAAAUACGGUGUCCGUGAUUGUUUUUCCCUCCCCAGCUGCGACUAUGAUGGACACACAUACAAGAUUGGUGAGUCUGUGAUCAACGAGGACUGUACCGAGCGCAUUACCUGUCAGCCAUCGGGCAUUGUGCAGCACGAACGUAUCCACUGCAAUAGCGACGAAGUCUGCAAGGUGAAGGACGGUGUCCGCAACUGCUACCACCAAGUCCAUCAAUGCACAAUAGCAACCAAUGCAGCUCUCACCACGUUCAGUGGGAGUGGCGGCGACAUUGAUGUCUCAGGGGCCUUUGACAUUGUGAAAGUGUGUGACGGGUCUGUGGUAAAGGAGUGGUUCCGUGUGGUCGUGAAGCUCCAGGAAUGUGGACGUGCUGGCCUGAGGCGUGUUGAGGCUGUCUAUGUCUUCUUUGAUGCUCUGGCCAUUACUGUUAAUGCCAAGCACCAGACUUGGGUUAAUGGCAGGAGAGUCAACCUGCCUAGUCUGCUUAAGAACGAGAUCUCAGUGAAAAUCUCCGAGAAGACAGUGGUCAUUGAGAAGAUGUCAGCCCUGCGUGUGACCUACAGCAUGACACAGGAUAUCAGCGUGACUGUCAGUGACCACUUUGCUGACAAGGUGUGCGGAGCUUGUGGGAAAAUGACUGGAGAUGUCAGCAUCACAGUUGACAGCAAGUCCAUCAAAAAGUGGAUGGACUCCUGGAGAGCACCUGACUUCCCAACCUGUGAGCAGUAAAUCAAUGGGAUCCAGUCCGGUAGUCAUCGACAGUACUGACAUUUUCAUCCACUUUUUCGCCCAUCGACAAUGAAUUGAAUCAGUUCACUUCUAUUGUAAAUGUAAUUGCAGUAGUUACCUCCUCUUUAAAAGCUAUUUCACUGUAAAAUAUGUGCCACUGUCUCAACUGCUUUCAUC